AAAGAGAACUGGGGCUCUGCUUAUUAAAUGACAAAUGAUGCGGGAAUUCCUGAUCCAACUGGAGGCACGUACUGGAGCUUCAAUGAGCUGGUGGGUCUAUUUUUCCCUGCUGUAACAGGAAUUAUGGCUGGUUCAAAUCGAUCAGCUUCCCUGAAAGACACACAAAGAUCAAUACCUGUUGGAACGUUGGCUGCCACUCUGACCACAACCUCGCUAUAUUUGAUCUCUGUGUUGUUUUUUGGAGCUGUUGCGACCCGUAAUAAACUUUUGACUGAUAGGCUACUUACUGCUACAAUUGCUUGGCCUUUCCCUGCCAUUGUUCACGUUGGAAUCAUCCUUUCAACCUUAGGGGCUGCUCUCCAGAGUUUGACAGGGGCCCCACGGUUACUUGCAGCUAUAGCAAAUGAUGAUAUUCUCCCCAUCCUCAAUUAUUUUAAAGUUGCAGAUACUAGUGAACCUCACAUAGCGACGCUUUUCACAGCAUUUAUCUGCAUAGGAUGUGUUGUUAUUGGAAAUCUGGAUCUUAUCACACCAACUGUGACUAUGUUUUAUCUUUUAUGCUAUUCGGGAGUAAACCUGUCUUGUUUCCUGCUCGAUCUUCUUGAUGCUCCAAGUUGGCGUCCACGGUGGAAAUACCAUCAUUGGAGCCUUUCCUUUGUUGGAGCCUCACUGUGCAUAGUGAUCAUGUUCUUGAUUUCCUGGUCGUUCACUGUGGUUGCCAUUGCACUUGCAAGUCUUAUAUACAAAUAUGUUGGCCUAAAAGGAAAGGCCGGGGACUGGGGGGAUGGUUUCAAGAGUGCAUAUUUCCAGUUGGCCCUUCGUAGUCUCAGGUCACUCGGAGCAAAUCAAGUGCACCCCAAGAACUGGUAUCCAAUUCCCCUUGUUUUCUGCAGACCGUGGGGACAGCUCCCAGAAAAUGUUCCGUGCCACCCUAAGUUGGCUGAUUUUGCGAACUGUAUGAAGAAAAAAGGUCGUGGAAUGUCGAUCUUUGUCUCGAUAUUAGAUGGUGACUACUAUGAAUGUGCUGAAGAAGCAAAGGAAGCCUGCAAACAACUAGCCACCUACAUUGAGUACAAGCGUUGCGAAGGUGUAGCUGAAAUCGUUGUAGCACCAAACAUGACCGAAGGGUUCCGUGGUAUCAUCCAGACAAUGGGACUAGGAAAUCUCAAACCCAACAUCGUGGUAAUGCGGUACCCUGAGAUCUGGCGCAGAGAAAAUCUAACAGAGAUUCCGUCCACAUUUGUUGGGAUAAUCAACGACUGCAUAACAGCAAACAAAGCUGUUGUCAUCAUCAAAGGGUUAGACGAAUGGCCAAACGAGUACCAAAGGCAGUAUGGAACAAUCGACUUGUACUGGAUUGUCAGAGAUGGUGGUCUCAUGCUUCUUCUCUCACAGCUUCUUCUCACGAAAGAAAGCUUUGAAAGCUGCAAAAUCCAACUCUUCUGCAUAGCUGAAGAGGAUUCAGACGCGGAAGCACUCAAAGCAGAUGUGAAGAAAUUCCUCUACGAUCUCAGAAUGCAAGCAGAAGUAAUUGUCGUCACGAUGAAAUCAUGGGAUAUAAGAUCCGAAGGAAACAGCCAAGAAGAUUCAUUGGGAGCUUUUGAUGCAGCACAGAGACGAAUCUCAGAUUGA